CCUGCCCCAGUGCUCGAUGCCUUCAAGUCCCAGCCCGAGCCUGAGCCUCCCUUGAAGCGCACUCGGCGAAGCGGCCGCUUCGCCAAAGCCGGGGUUGCAUCAGCAGUGGAUGCCUUGGGUCCAUCCAGUCACGCCGACGAUGGUUCGGCGUUUGCAGCAGCAGCUGCUGCCGUUGAAGCGCCCACUGUGGCGGCGACAAUAACCGGCAAGCGUACCUCACCAACUGCACCUGCAAGCUCCCCAGUGCCGGUGGAUCUUCCGCCGACAACGACAGGAGCAGCAGCAGCGCCCGCACCGGCGGUUGUACCAAACCCUUCUGUCAUCCUUUCGGACCAGCUGCAGCCGCAUCCGGGCAGCGUAGAAUCGAUGCCAGCAACGGCGCCUGCGGCAGCACCAGCCGCACCGGUUGUACCACUGGGUCCCCAGCCUCAGCAGCCUUCGAUCUGCAGCUCGCCACAAAAGCGGAUGCCAAGCCCCGUGAAUGCGCCUGUAGCAACCGUAGACACAGCGCCGGCUGCUGCUGCCAUGGCAGCUGGGUCCCCCAGAGCUGCCCCCUCGCCGCGGCCUGCACCUGGCAGUCCCAAAGCCGCAGCAACAGCAACCGUUCCGGUCGCCGCGGUGGAAGCCGUCCGGCCAAAUGGGUCGCUCAGUGACGCUGAGUUUACCCAGAUUCGCCGCCUGCUGAUGCCGGGGGCGCUUGCCAGCACCUUGGCAAGCUGUGCCGCGGCUGCAAGCGCAGCAACGACUAAUAAUGGCACGGCUGCCGCCACCUCUGCUGCAACAGCAGCCGACACGUGCAGUGGUGAGGCCGCCGGCAGCGCUCCCAGUGUUGAGCCAGCGGGACGUACCGGGCAGUUCAAGGAGCUGUGCAGCCUGGUUUCCGAGUGCUGCAGCUCGGGCCGUGGUACUGCGGUGUACAUCAGCGGCCUUCCUGGUACAGGCAAGACGUACACCGUAUCACGCCUCUUGUCAAGUUUGCCCAUGAUCGCCGCCUCGUGCGGUGGCGGGGUGGGGAGAGCAUCCUUUUGCUGCGCCACCAUCAACUGCAUGACGUUAGACGACCCAGCCCAGCUCUACGGCAGGCUACAGAACGAGCUUCUACGAGCCGCAACGGCAGCUGACUCGGGUACGGCGUUUUGUUUCCUACAGCAUAAUGCUUGCUUUGUAUGUGUUGACGCAGGAACGGUGUUGCAGCACACCUUUGAGCUUUGCCGCAAGAGUUGCACGCAGAACGACAUCCCGGACGUUCCCACACCCACCGACGCGACAGCCGCACACGAAAGCCUCGUGGCCACGCUCUCCAAGCUUUCGCUUGUGCACUCCACAAUGGUUUCUGGUGCUGCUGGCAAGGGGGUCAGGGGCGCCGCUAAGGGCAGUCGCGCCAAGAGUGCCAAGCGCGGGCGCAACGGGGCCGAGGACGCCGCUGGGCACGAGGACGAGGCGCCGAUGCGCCGCGUGUUCGUGGUGGUGCUGGAUGAGGUGGACCGACUGUUGCGGCGACGGGAUGGCGGGGAAGAGCUGGUGCGGCUGUUCCAACUGCCUACGACCCCGGGGCUGUCGUUGGUGCUUCUGUCCGUGGCCAACAGUCUUGACCUCACGGAGCGCAUGAUGCCGUUGUUGAGGGUUCGGGGCAUGGCGCCCAGGCACCUGGUCUUCACGGCAUACAGCAGGCCCCAGGUUCUGGCCAUUCUGUCCGCGCAGCUGAGCGCCCACCCGCGGGGGCGUCGCUGCUUCGAUGAUGCGGCGCUGGAUAUGGUUGCAAAGAGUAUAAGCAGCAGCAGUGGGGACCUUCGUCAGGCGUUGAAGGCCUGCCGUACCGCCCUGGAUGUGUUGAUGGAGCACAAUCGCGCCAACCCGGCCACCGCCCGCGCAUCCGUGGGCAUCCGGGAGGUGCACGCUGCGCUGCAGCGGAUGUCCAGCCAGGGCAACGGCCAGCCAGCAGUCGUGGCCAAGAUUAAGGGCCUCCCACCGCAGCAGCAGCUGGCUCUGCUCGCACUCGCCACCGCUGUGGGCACCAAGGCGGCAGCAGCUGGCGGUGAGGGGGGUGGAGCUAUGUUUCAGCCCGGUAGCGCUCUCUUCACCGGCUCCAGGCCUAAAUUCGCCGACGCAGUGGCGUUUCGGGAAAUCGGCAACCAGGAAGGACCGCUGCCAGCGGCGAGCAGCAACCCGGGUGCUUGCUUUGACGGUCCGACGCCGAGCAAGCCCGGCCGGCCCGGUGCCGCCGCCGCUGCCACACCGUCCGUUAGCCGCGUGCGUGGCGUAAUGGGCCCGGGGGGCGCCGCUGCCUUGACACCAAGCAGCUGUGCCCGCGGCCCGCCGCCAUCACGGACGCCUGCGAGCAUUCUGGCGGGGGACGCGGGCCUGGCGUUAGGCCUGGCGGAGGUGUAUACACAGUACGGUGCGCUGUGUCGGCAGCUGGACAUUCCGGCUAUGUCGGAAUCGGCAUUCCGUACGGACGCCCUGGUGGGGCUGGACUGCGACGGGCUGCUGCGUGUUACGGAGGGCCGCACCCCCGCGGCGACACGGCUGAGCCUGCGGGUCAUGUCCGCUGGCGACGCCAUCCCGCUUCCCUCCUACGAGCUCCCUGGCACGCCCGCCGAACUGACUGCCUGCAUUAACACCCACCAGCCCGACAUCAAAGGUACCACCUGGACCGACGCUAUGCGAGACCAGCCCACGUAUUUCAAGGUGGUGGGCAUGUGGUGGUCGCGCAAGCGCGCCGACGUGCCAGUGACCAUCACCACGCAGCUGUCCUGGAACCGCAAAUGGCAGCUAAAGGCUAUGUGCCGGUCCUGGGCGGGUCCAAUCGCGGCGGUGAUGCACAUGCCAGUGCUGUUGCCGCGCCUGACUCGCAGCCGUGACGCCGCGCUGGGCGAUGUAUCCAAUGCCACGCUGCAGCGCGCAGUGAACACGGUGGCGGCCUUCCAUGCGCGACUAGACGCUUCUCAGCCCUGCAAGCUGGACCUCAUGCUCCUGGCGGAGCCGUACCGGGAAGGCAAGUCUCUUGUGCUGUACCCGGUUAACACGCUGCGCAACUAUGCGCGGCUCAUGGCCCGCACCCCUAUCAUCGGCCUCGUGGAUGUCGACCUCAUCGUGUCCAGCAGCCUCCGCUCAGAGCUGCUGAACGCCACCGCCGCGGCGACGUACGUGACGGAGGCCACUACGGCCGCAGCGGCGGCUGCUGCCGGCGAAGCCGCGCCGCUCUUUGCCACGGGGGAUUCCCGUCUGGACGGCGUGCCUGCGGCGCUCGCGACGCAGCUGAAUCUUUCGUUGGCGACGAUCGGGCUGGAAGGGAGGCACGGCCGCAGGCAGCGCGCGGCGUGGAUUCUGCCGGCGUUUGAGACUCGCAGCGGAUCGGUGACCCUGCAAGUGGAGCGAGCAGAGAAGCUCGCAGCGGCGGGGAACAAGAGUAGACUGCUGCCGUAUUUCCAGCACGGAAAGGUCCUCCGCUUCGAUUGGGGUUCUACGGGACAUAAGAAUACGGACUACAGCAAAUGGUUUAAUACGACAGAGCCGUACGUCGUGGAGUGGUCUGGUCGGUAUGAACCAUGGGUCGUCGUCGACCGAUUGAGCUCGUCAUGGGCAGACGCGCGCUUCCGCGGAUACGGCAAGAACAAAAUAAUACAUAUCCGUACACUGGCGUACGAAGGGUAUGAGCUCCGUGUGCAUCCUUUUGCCUUCCUCAUCCACCGACCGCAUCUGGAGAGCAGCUCUGCGUUUGCACACGCGCGUGGUGCGCUGAACGGCAAGAAGUCCAAGGCGUCGUCCAUGUACGGCCACAACGUUAAUUUGUACAAAUCGAUCGAGGUGUCCAUGGCGUACGGCAACUACACGCCCGUUGUAGACCCGGCCACGGCAGCGUGUCGCGCAACUCUCAGCUGGUGGCGACGACAAGCUAGCGGGGGCGUGCGGUGACAGCAUUAGCUGUAUCAGAGGAGGAGGAGGAGGAGGAGGAAGCAGAAGAAGAAGCCGCAGCAAGGUCUACGAGCUGUGGACGAAGGGUAAAACGUGGAACGGGUUGAGAACCGCCGAAGAUGUGCACUGGUUCGAGCUGGGUUGAGAGUUAGGAGUUCAAGGUGGAGUGUUGAAAGUAGUGAACUCUGACAGGACUUGUUGGAAAGAAAGACGAGCGCAAAGACGAGCGUGCAUGUGCGCGCGUGUGUGUGUGUGUGUGUGUGUCAUUGACGGCAAAUUAUCCGCGCCAUGUGUGUCAUGAUGUGUGAAUUGCGUGUGCUGAGCAUCUAGGUGAACGUGUCGGCGUGUAGGUGAAUAAGGCGCGCAUCUGUGUCACCUUUUAGAAACGGUGUACAGAAACUGCUGCUGGGUUACCGUUACCUUCACCGGGGUUCUGCGGAUCCAGGCGAGCUCCAGGG